AUGAAUGGUAAUAUCAUACUAAAACUAUUUAUCAAUUUAGCUAUCAGCUCAAUCGUAAUCGGUCAUUUUGUUCAAGAAAACAAUGUUGAUGAUUCGUUUAUUUCUGUAGUUAAAUUUGAUACUGAUGUAAUAUAUUAUUCUUAUCAUAUUCAUGUUUAUUUUCUACAAAAAAAUACUCUACAACGAAAUGAAGCACUAUUAUUACGAAAACGAUUUCUUUCGGAAUUUAAUGUUACUAUUUGUCCUAAUCAUUGUGAUACUUGGUGUCCUCAAAUUUGCCACUGGGAUUUCAAUAGAUCGCCUACUGGACCACAUCCUAUUGGUUCAUGGGGUGUUUACAUACCACUUGAACAAUUUAUUCGAACUGUUUCAUUUAUUUCAAUGUAUCAUGGUAAUUUAUCUGUUCUAAUACAUCCAAAUUCUGGUCACCCGAAAAUUGACCAUCUUCUCAAUGCAUUUUGGAUCAAAUCUAUCGUAUCACUUAGAAAAAACCAAUUGAGUGACAAUGCACCACCUCCAUCAUCAUCCUAUCGAAUUUUGAAUUAA